AUGGAAGAACAUCGACGUGGAAUUGGUGCCGGAUCAAACAAAAAGAAGGAUUUUGGUGAUGGCAGCAUAAUAGAAAAAGAUUGGAGUUUGGUGUAUGGAAUGGUCUGCAAGGUUAUCAAACAAAAAGGAGCUGCAUGUUGGAGUCGUUGUCUAACUUGUCUUUUAGAGGCAGCAUUCAACAAAGGGAGACCUCCUGCAGAUGUUUAUUUUUUCUCACAUGAAGAACUUGUACAAGCUAUAAAGACGGAUACAACCACACAUCUUGAAGUGGGUAGCAUCAACACUGCAGUGAAGCGUAUUGAAAAGAAAGGAUUGGUGAAGCUAAAUUCCAAAAACUCAUGGGAUGAAGAUGGGUACAGAGCAAGGUGGAAAUUUGAAGUGAAGCCAAACGUGAACUGUGCAUUUGUUAGACAACAAGUGCUAUUGCAACCUGUUGGUAUUAUAAUCGAAGUUGAUUCUGAGUUUCUUGAUGGAACAGGCAAGGAUUUUUACCGAGUAAGAGCUAUCGGAAGAGGAGCUGAAAGACAUUCACUCAUCCUCAUUGGUUCUGGUCACACCAAAGAUGGACAGUUGUUCUUCAUAUGUCAGAAUAGUUGGGGAAAGAAAUGGGGUUUCAAUGGUUUGGGAAGACUCAUCAUCGAUGACACUUGUCCUGUCUUCAUCUUUUAUCCCACGGGUGAUCAACUACAUGGAUGAUGAAGAUCAUCUACUCUACUCUACAUGAAUGCAUGGUGUUGAUCUAGU